GCUGAUCUUCUUCAGCUCCCAUAUCUCCAUGUCCUCAAUAUCAGCAACAAUUCUUUCUCUGGCUCUCUCACCUCACCCGUUUCCAAUGUCUCCACAAAAAUAAGAACUUUGGAUUUCUCGAUGAACCGUUUCUCGGGUGAGCUUCCCCAGUCUCUAUACUCCAUCUCGUCAUUGGAGCGGUUUUCGGUCUCUGAGAAUAGCUUAUCCGGGCAGUUAAGCCCGGAGAUCAGUAAACUUUCCCAGAUGAAUUCAUUGGUUUUAUAUGGAAAUAGAUUCUCUGGUGGGAUUCCUGAUGUUUUUGGCAGUUUGGUCGGACUAGAGAUUUUGGUUCUGCAUCCGAACCUGUUCUCAGGGCGUUUGCCUCCCACACUGUCACUUUGCUCAAACUUGACAACACUUGAUGUUAGGAACAAUUCAUUGUUUGGUGGCAUUGAUCUUGACUUCACUGGUUUGCCUAAACUCUCCUUUCUCGACCUCGCGUCCAACAACUUUUCAGGGCCGCUCCCGGGAUCUCUCUCCGGUUGCGGGGCGUUGACGGUUUUGAGCCUCUCGAAGAACCGGUUGAACGGCUCGGUUCCCGAGAGCUACAAGAACCUCUCGUCCCUCGUGUUCCUCACAUUGUCCAAGAACCGGCUCACGGGCACUAUCAGUUCUUCAGCACUGUCAAAGCCUUGCUGCUCUCAUCCUCACCAAGAACUUCGAAGGCGAAGAGAUCCCGAGAAACGUGACCGGAUUCCAAAACCUGAUAAUCCUCGCGUUGGGGAACUCGAGGCUCAACGUGACCGUAUUGAGAUCAUAUACUAACUCCGUCUUCUAAAACAUUUCAUGUUUUGUCUUUUGGAGGAGAAAUAGCAGAAGAAAACCAACUAAAUAGGAGUAAACCAUGGACCAUAUUUUAAAAUAGGAGUUCAAACUUAAACUCGCCUAAAUAAGAGUAGUUAAUUAAAUAGUAUAACUUUUG